AUGUAUAAUAGCAAAGGGGAAAAGGGUUAUGCAGGUAUUCAACGUGAAACAGGUGUGGAUGAACUUGGACAUGAAAAAAAUGAUAAGGCCCUUGGUGCAGCCCAAAGUAAUCAACCUACUGUACACCCGAUAUUACAUGCCAAGAUUGGGGACAAAAAGGUGCAAGUUAUGAUUGACACUGGGGCAAGUAGUUCAUAAAUUUGUAGUGACCUUGCUAAUGAGCUAAAACUGACACCAUUACAGCAAAAAAAGCGCUGUAUUGAACAAGAUUCCCAAGAUGUGAUCUGGUAUGAUGACUUGGAAUCCCGUAAUAUAGUUGAAUAUCGGUUUACUUGUGCGAUAUUUGAUGCCACAUCUAGUCCGUAUAUACUGGGGGCAACUUUGGAGAAACAUUUGGAACAAUAUGAGAACAGGUACACUAGUACAGUUAAAUCCCUAUGCAAUGACACAUAUGUUGACAACAUCCAAGGAGGCGGGAAUUCCAAGGAGGCGGGAAUUCCGAGGAAGAUGUCAUCAAAUUCAAGGUUGAAUCAACUGAAAUCAAGAAUGAAGCUGGUUUUUCGAAUUGCAUAAAUAGCACAGCAACUGUCCAGUCAUUAAGUCAACAAACAACACGAAUGAGACCACUUAUGCAAAAACCUUUGUCAGGAAUGCCAAGGGAGGAAAAUGGAACAGAUUGUUAAAAACAGAAGAGAUCCUGGACACUGAGAAAUUGUGGCUGCGUCAUGUUCAAAGGAAUGUCUCAGCGGUUUCCAACGUAGACUUGCAGAAAGAUAGAGAAGAUGUUUUGAGAGUGAAUAGUUGAAUCCCCGGAUACCGUCCAACCUUCAUUCCAAGGCGGUGUUGCCUUGAUCAAAUACUUGUCAGUGACGUACAUGAACAGAUUGCUCAUGGGGGAGUGUGUUCGGCCAUGGCUAAGGUGAGGGAACAGUUCUGGAUACCACAACUGAGAGUGUUAGUGAAUUAAAGUGUUAUCCACGAAUGCAGUACAUGUAAGCUAUUCCGAGUGAAGCCUCUCCACCCACCAACAACGGCACCAUUACCAGAGUUCAGAACACAGAGACCCACCCUUUUGCUGUGACUGGUGUUGAUUUUGCUGGCCCAUUGUUGUACCGAACCCCAAAUAGGAAAACACAGAAAGCAUACAUAACGGUGUUUACAUGUACUACAAGAGCUGUCCAUCUUAAACUAUGUAAAAGUAUGACUGCUGAAGGAUUCAAAAGAAGCUUGGAAGAGUUUGUGGCUAGACGCGGAACCCCUCACAAACUGGUGAGUGACAACACCCUGGCCUUCAAGGCCGCACAUCAAUGACUUGAUAUGCUUAUACAGGAUGAGGACUUGUUUAACUAUCUCAAUACACAAUGAAUCGAGUGGAGUUUCAAUCUCGCAAGGGCCCCAUGGUGGGGUGGAUUAUUCAUAAGAAUGUUCGGCAUCAUUUGAAAGUUACUCUGUCUAAAGUGGUUGGACGGGCCUGCUCAAAUAUGAAGAACUAGAAGAAGUGCUACUUGAUAUUGAAUGUUUCAUGAAUAAUUGACCGCUCUGUUAUCAAGAAGAAAUAAAACAUCCUAUUCUCACGCAAAAUCUUUUAAUUCAUGGGACAUCGGCACAUUUCUUAGAGGAAGACUUGGAGGCAUUGUAUGAGAAAGAUCUGAUAACUAAAAGAAUAAAAUUUCUGAAGGCUUGUCGGCUGCAACUAAGAAAGCAUUGGCAGCUGGAAUACCUCCAUGCCCUGGAAGAAAGACACCGAAAGAUUGUCGGUAAAGAAGAAACGUUGCCUAGAUGGAGUAGAUGGAGUAUUGAGGGGAUACAAGAUCAAGACUGGGACUGGGUAUGUUGUUGAACGACCAAUACUUUGAUUUCUAGGUCGCAGACCAAUUGUAUCUAAGGAUAACGAGCCAUCGAAGAAGAGAGAUCACAUAGAAAAUAAAAUGGUAGCCGACCAGUCGCAAGAUGUGGAGUUGAAGAAAAGACCUCAGAGAAAAGCAAAAAGUGCAGCAAUUAACAUGAUCAAGGGUGUUUCGCUAAAUGAGUUAGAGGACAGAUGAAAACGUACUUUAAAGCUGUAACAGUUUAAACACUAUUAAUAUUCUGUUAAGCGCUCACAGGAGAACUGGAAACGAGUGAUGUUUUAAUCGUGUUUGUGGUGUGUAUUUAUUCAGUGUGAACGGACCGGAAUUCACCACAAUCAUUUCGUCCAUGUAAAGGCGGUUUUCCACUAGGUGGAAUUUUUCGACCGAAUCAAAAUUUUUCGACAAUGACAAGUUAAGUGCAUGCGCAGUUGGGUAUUUAUUUUUCGGCAGUGAAAUAAUUGAGAGUUGAAAUGUUGGCGACAUUUUCUGCUUUUGUGAGCAGAAAAAUUGAAAUACUUGUGAACAACGUGGCGGACAUGA